GACAAGGAGCCCCGCGCCGCCGCAGGGCAUACAGGACAUACUGCUGAUAUGAAUAUAUUUUUAGAUGAUCCAGAAUUUGCAGAAAUUAUUCUGAGAGCAGAGCAAGCUAUAGAGUGUGGAGUUUUUCCAGAAAGGAUCUCACAAGGAUCCAGUGGGAGUUACUUUGCCAAGGAUCCAAAAGGGAAAAUUAUUGGAGUGUUCAAACCAAAAUCUGAAGAGCCUUAUGGACAUCUGAACCCAAAAUGGACCAAAUAUUUUCACAAAGUUUGUUGUCCUUGCUGCUUUGGCAGAGGCUGCCUCGUUCCAAAUCAGGGAUACCUUUCUGAAGCUGGUGCCUAUCUUGUGGAUGACAAGCUUGGGCUAGGAGUUGUACCUAAAACCAAGGUUGUCUGGCUUGUCAGUGAGACCUUUAAUUACAGUGCAAUAGAUCGUGCAAAAUCAAGAGGAAAAAAAUAUGCUUUAGAGAAAGUGCCAAAAGUUGCUAAAAAAUUUAAUCGAAUUGGACUACCUCCUAAGGUUGGCUCCUUCCAGCUGUUUGUUGAAGGAUACAAAGAAGCUGACUACUGGCUCAGGAAGUUUGAAACUGAUCCUUUACCUGAGAAUACAAGGAAGGAAUUUCAGUCACAGUUUGAAAGAUUGGUUAUCUUGGAUUAUGUCAUCAGAAAUACAGACAGAGGUAACGAUAAUUGGUUAGUCAGGUAUGAAAAACAAGAUGAUGGACUUGAUCUGUCAGAUAAGGAUAGCCAAUGGACUAUAACUAAAGAAUCUACUAUUAAAAUUGCUGCAAUUGACAAUGGUUUAGCAUUUCCUUUUAAGCAUCCUGAUGAGUGGAGGGCAUAUCCCUUUCACUGGGCGUGGCUUUCUCAAGCAAAAGUUCCAUUCUCUCAGGAGACCAGAGACCUAGUUCUUCCUCGCAUUUCUGAUAUGAACUUUGUACAGGAUCUUUGUGAAGAUCUUUAUGAACUAUUUAAGGCUGAUAAAGGAUUUGACAAGUCUACUUUUGAAAACCAAAUGUCGGUUAUGAGGGGGCAGAUACUAAACCUUACUCAGGCAUUAAAGGAUGGAAAAAGUCCCAUUCAGCUUGUUCAGAUGCCACGUGUGAUUGUGGAACGAAGUAGCACUGGAAGUCAGGGCCGAAUUGUUCAUCUGGGUAAUGCAUUCACGCAGACCUUUCAUAGUAGGAAGCCUUUCUUUUCCUCCUGGUAGCAACAAAAAUAUGUGAGAAGAGUAAGUUUCCCUUAACUGUAGAAAACUACUUCUGUGUAAAGGCUCUGCAAUAAUGUACUUCUGCUGUAUACCAAGAGCCCUGACUGCCGACACCUCAGAACUUAAAUUCUAAAGACUUAAGAAAUGUAUUUUGAAUGUAAUAAAAGUUUACAAUUUUUGUGUCAAAAUUGUGAAUUCUUAUGUCAGGGAAUGAGAAGAAUUUGUCCAUACUGUAUUUUUAUAGGCUAAAUUAAUGUAUUCUGAAUAAUACUCUGAAUAAGGGAAGAUACAGUUUGCAUAUGCUGAGAAACUAAUUUUGAAUACAAUCGGCAUUCUUUUUGUUUAAAUAUGAAAACCUGUACACUAUCAAUUUCUUUUUAUAUGGUCUUUAAAAAAAAAAAAAGUGCAGAUUAUCUUUGAUUGUGAAAAUUCUUUUCCUUGGAAUUUCUUCCUGAUAUUUUAAGCUGUUUAUAGAUUUUCAUAGGCUAGUUACUUGAAGUCAUGCACUAAAAAAACCCUAUGUUCAGUCUGUCCUUGACAAACAAGUAAAAGAAAAGGAGAAGGGAAAAAAUGCUUGAAGUAGGGUGGGGUUUUUUGUAUGUGGGGACCAAAAAUAGUUAAAUAAUCGAAUUUACAGCAAAAUUCAACCCAACUAAGUACACACAGUUCCUACUGUGACAAAAGGAACUGAGUGUAUGUUUCAGAGGUUGAAAUUUCACCUCUAGCUUUUAGAACUUGUGUGUUUAAGCACAUGUAUGGAAAAUUGUGAUGUUUCUUUAUGUAGUCAUCACAAUGAAAGAAUUGCACCAUGUUGUUACAGGUUUGUUUUGCCAUAUGCAUAUAAAUGUGUUCAUCAGUAGUCACCGAAGUGGUUCUGCACUAUUAAUGAUAAAAGCACUAAUGUGUUCAACACAAAGCCAGUCUGCCUUCUAAAUUUCUAUCUAAACACACUGUUGGGUUUUUUGGAGCAGAGGGGGG